UCUCGCCGCGGCAGGGGCGGCGCAGGGUCCCCCAGAGCAGGGCGGGCCGUGGCUCGGGAGCGGCGGGCACAUCACGAGCUGGCGGGGCCGGGUUUCCCCCAGGUGGCGCGGGCUGUGCCCGGCUUCGCAGGCUCCCCGCGCCCGGCCCCCGCGCUGCUUGGAGCCCCAGCGGCGCGUUGGCGCUCAGGCACAGGGUUUGGCCUGCAGGCUCGGCUGCGCGUCCGGGCUGGCUGUUGCACUUUUUUGUAACCUCGUGCACAUUGCUGUCAUUUCCUCGUUUGUAAAAAUGGGCUUGAUAAUACCUGCCUGGGGGUGGAAGGAAUGGUGUGCCUGACUGCGGAGCUGUGCCUGCGCCUGGUGUUCGCCGUGCUUCGUAGUUGUGGGAACCGGGGACUGUCGUCACUGCCUGAAUUUUGACAGCAACCAGGUACACUGGCCAAGGCCUGCCCUCUGGCCGGACAGGCAAACCUCUGCUCCAGUAAGAGUCUCCCUAGGCGGAGCCCUGAGCUGCUUUCAGAGCCGACUGCCAAGUGGACGGGAAUUAAAGCGUGACUCCCAUUCAGGACAAACAGACCUAAAGUUCCGGUCAGAUGAGACUGGGGUUUCCCAUCCUGAAUUAGAAAAAGCAAGUCAUUAAGCCUGGGCCCUGACUGGUCUUCAUGAGAGAAAAAAGAGAUGGAAACUUUCAAAUCUGGGGUUAAAAAGAGGGUCCUUCCCACAUGGAUGACAGCCCCGGUGGCCGAGAAGAGAAAGGUUCCGGUAAAGACCCCGAAGGGGAGGAGACCGGCAGCAAUGCCAGCGGCUGCUGCAGCAAGACUUCCUGCCGUGAGGACUGUGUACUGCAUGAGCGAGGCCGAAAUGGUGGAUGUGGCUCUGGGCAUCCUGAUUGAGGCCCGGAAACAGGAAGAGCCCGCGGAGCCACCAACUCUGGCUGGUGCUGAUAAGCCGGAAGGGUCCCCGACCCCCUCGGCGUCGUCCCCAAGCUCUCCUGGCAGCAGAAGCGAGGACGAGGACAGUGGGAAGGACGCCCCUCCUCCAGGCCUCAGCCCCCCUCAGGGGCCCACAGGGUCACACUCUGCCCGCAGUGGAAGCUCUGAGGACGACGAGGACGCGUUCAAGUAUGUCAGGGAAAUAUUUUUCAGCUAAAGGGACCGGCUUCCCAGGACUUUCUACCCGGAGCACUGAAGGAAGCCGGCUUCCCCUCCCUGCUGGGGCCUGCGGCUGCUCCUCUCGCUCCUCCCUGGGCGCUCCUCCUCGGAGGGCAGGGUCACCUCCGAGGGGAGCUGCCGUGCUGAGUGUGUGGAAGUGAGGAAUCUAAGUGAGCUUCAGUCAGAGUCUGUCUGUGCUGUGCCUUCUCUGCCCGGAGGCUGUGGUUUUAUUGCCUUUCCAAGUCCAGGGAAAAUAUGGACAUAGUGGCCAAACUGAUUGGAACUGAAGAGCCAACUUAAUAAUUUUCAAAGGAAAAGAGGCACGGCUGCUAAGUGCACUGGAGUUCCCAUGGUCUGGUCUGCGUGGUCUCUCUCUAAGGAGGAAGCUGUUCUGAACCCGGUUCCUGUCCCUCCCAGAGUCCCUGGGGAGGGGAGGGAGGGGCGGCAGAUGCUCUGUCCACAGUUCUCUGCUCUGUGUGGGAUCUUGAAGCUCAGUGUGCAGAUCGGAAGCCCUCCCCUGGCCGGCCACCUUGCUGCCCCGACGAGGCUCAGCCUCAGUCCCUCGGCAGUUGUAAAGCGAGCGUGGGACAGGAGCCCUGCGGACACCCUAAAGAGGAGAUCACACCGGAGUCCCCAUUUCUGACUCUAUUCAGCAUGGGUUUGGACAGGCAGAGUGACACAGUCAUUUGCUGUAUAGGGUUUUCCAAUACACAGGUGCUGAAAAAUACAAACAGUCCCCCAGCGUU